GUUUGUGUGUAUAUUUCAUCUGCAAAAUGUCAAAUUUAUAAUGAAAUUUGCAGCCAAAGUUUGCCCAGCCGUUUUUUUAUGGAAUUUAAUAACAAAUCCACAAUUAUCCAAUAAGUCAACCAGCAUCAGCAUGUUCGGCACUUUGCAAAAUUACUUGAGCGGCGUGCAGCGCGCCUGGUCUGUGGCGGAUGGUGAGACGAUGGCAUCUUUUAUUUCACUCAAAGACAAGCAUAUAAUGAAUCGUAAUUUAUAUGUGGAGUGUCCAGAGAAUGCCGUGGAACGUAUGCUGGAUCCGCCCAUUGAUGAGAUUGUUUGUGCGCAUCUAAAAGUACUCUAUUUCUUGGGCUUGGAAACUCGCGAUUUUAUGCAAGCUUAUCGCCAACAAUCACAAUGCAUACAAUCUGUUGUGAAAAUGUUGCAACAGUUGAAGGAGGAGAACUGGUGUCUUCCCAUAAUGUACACAACCUGCUUGGAUUUGCGCAUAUUAGCGCAAAAAUGCGAAGAACUUGGCAGCAGCACCAAGCCAGGGGAAAUUCUUGAGAAGGCCGCAGACUGCCUAAUGAGCUGUUUCCGUGUAUGCGCCGCAGAUAAUAGAUCUUCGGAUGACGACACUAAACGCCUUGGCAUGCUCAACCUUGUUAAUCAGCUAUUCAAAGUCUACUUCCGCAUCAACAAAUUGCAUUUGUGUAAGCCAUUGAUACGCGCCAUCGAUAGCAGCACCUUCAAAGACUCCUUCCCAUUGCCAGAACAGAUAACAUAUAAAUAUUUUGUAGGCCGUAAGGCCAUGUUCGAUUCAGACUAUAAAAGCGCCGAUGAAUUUCUAUCAUUUGCGCUGCGCAACUGUCCACGCAAUUUCCCACGCAACAAGCGGCUCAUACUAAUCUACUUGGUGCCGGUGAAGAUGCUACUUGGCUACUUGCCCAAGAAGGACAACCUCGAACGUUUUGACCUACUACAGUUUCAUGAACUUGCUGUCGCUUUAAAAGAGGGCAAUGUUCGCAAAUUCGAUGAAGUUAUACAACGUCAUGAGAUAUUCUUCAUCAAAUGCGGCAUUUAUUUGUUGGUUGAAAAAUUGAAAUUCAUUGUCUAUCGCAAUCUCUUCAAGCGUGUGUACAUAAUCAAACAGACGCAUCAAUUAGAUUUGCGGGCAUUUCAAGCGGCAUUGCAAUUUGUCGGCGAAACAGAUGUGAGCAUCGAUGAAACGCAUUGCAUAGUGGCUAAUUUGAUUUUUGAGGGUAAAAUCAAGGGCUACAUCUCAUACAGUCACAACAAGUUGGUGGUGUCCAAGCAGAAUCCUUUUCCACCACUUAAUACGGUUUCCUAGGAGCGGCUGAUGCGUGGUGCAGAGGCUCACGGACCAGGAUCUUUAAGUUAUUUAUAAAGCAUUUACAUAGUACAUACAUACAUACUCUACAUGGUACGCUAAUAAAUUGUAUUU